AUGAGCUGCCCAGCUGAUACCUUCAUUGUCCCUGCUGCUGCGCUCAGCAGUCCCAGCUACAUUAAUGCUUGUACUGCGGUCAACAUCACCUCCAACUCUGCUGCUCAGAGCGCUUUGACAACCUGUUGCGGUAGUGCUCCUGUCACCGUCAUCAUGGAUGGUUGCUACAGUUACUGCAAUGUUACUAGCAGCGCUGAUCAACAAACUUUCGAGCGAUGCUUCAAGUCCAGCUCUGGCACAACCGAUGUCGACUACGCCUGUACCUUGGAUGACAAUCCUCUCGACUCGGCCGGAACAACUCUCCCUGCCUCUGCCGGUAGUACCUACCUUGGUGGAAGCAGUGGUACUCUUGUCUUCCCAAGCGCCACUGAUUCAUCAAUCACCGCUGCAACAACCACUGGUACUGUCACCACCACAGCAGUCUCUGGACAAGCUACCGCAAAGAGCUCAACCUCCGGCAAGACUUCAGCUUCAGCGACCUCUUCUGGUGCCACUGCUUCCUCAACUGCGAACGCUGGUCAACCAACCGUCAAGCAAUUCUCCAAGGGCGCCGCCGCAAUUCUCGCACUUGCUUUUGUUGGUCUCUGGGCUUAG